GUUUGUUUGACAAACAUUAUUAGCUGGAUAUUACUAACUAGUGAGAGCUCCAAAUAAGUUUUCGGUGAAGAGAGCUAAGAAAAUUUACUGGACAGAUGUGCGCAAUAGCCGUAUUAUAGCUAGGUCUUAUUGUUUAUGUACUGCUGCGUUACGAUGACAUUUGAUCGUAGGCAAGUAGGCAGAAUAUUUGCAAAGCGUUGACGAGGUGAAAUCGAAUAAAGGAAGUGGGGUCGAAAAAUGAAACUAUUUGUCAGAUCGAGCUCUGGGUUUGUUGUAUCAUCCUUGUGAGUAUUUCAGCUGAAUUGCAUGCACCGCCGACGGAUGGCGUCAGGGGCCACCACACUGAUGUAGCCUGUUACCCGCAUAACCAGGUCGUAUCUAACUGGGCUGCUAGGUGAAAGGUGACCAAGACUUCGUUAACGAUCGUCUGAAAUCCUAGCAGACUCUUGCUUUACAGGGCAAAAAGAUUGACUCUUGAACCUGCUAAUUUUUUGCAAAAAGUGAAAAACAGUCUGUGUCCAAGUGUUGUACAGCCGUCUGAGUAAAUUUCAUUUGAAUAAAUUUUACCAGCUCACUUGCCCGGUUUUCUAUAUAACACACAUAUAUAAAAGCUGAAGAACUCUUAUAGACGGAAGUGUAAGAGGAACGCAUCGAAAACUGACAUCAGCAAGUAGAACAAGGCGAGGCAACGAGAGCAAGAAAAUUGGUCAAGUGCAAAAUUACGUCAUGACGAAUAUUGUCACCGCUGUUACAGUGAAUAAGAAAUAAGAUAACGUACUGUUCUGUUGUAUGAUAUAAGUUGCGGCUGUAUUGGCAAAAAGAAGACUAUUCUCUGGAUAAUUUUUAAAGCGCGUAUUCCGAAUUGAUCGUUUACAUCAACUCGUAAAAAUGGCCGGUGGCAGCUCCAGUUCAGCUGCGGCGUCAAUGGACAAUAUACCUAAAGAUUUAAGGCAUCUUCGAGCUUGCAUGCUUUGCUCACUUGUCAAGUCAGUGGACCAGUUCGAAGACACAGGCUGCGAAAAUUGUGACCGCUACCUUCGGAUGCGAGGCAAUCGGGAACAGGUGCAUCACUGUACAUCAACACAGUUCGAUGGACUUAUAGCUCUUCUUCAUCCAGAAGACAGCUGGGUAGCAAAGUGGCAAAGGAUGGCUCAACGCCUACCGGGAAUCUAUGCCGUAUCAGUCACUGGCAGGCUGCCCUCAGGAAUUAUUCGGGAACUCAAGAGCCGCGGAGUCAUCUAUAAAUCUCGUGACAUGACAACAUAAAAAAGGGAUCCUCAAUUUAAAUCGAAAGGUCGACAAGUUUAGAAGGACCGCUCUUCAAAAUAUCUGCAAUUUGCAAUACUGUUUAAAUCAAGCUGGGUUAGAAAAACCAACAAUACUACUGACAAGUGAUGCAAUUCUAUGAGAAGGAAUUUGUUGUAUAUCUAGUUGUCAUAUUUGUUGUCAACUUCGCAGGCCUUUCAUAAAGUUUCAGGGUUAAGUAAAAUGUACAACGUAUACAUAUGUUAAUUAUAAGUGAAGGUGAUUCUGUAGAAUAUGCUAGCAGAAUUUGAAAGUAUACUUAGCAUUUUUAUGAGGUUUCACAGAGGAAGAUGAACUUUUACGCGGAAUGCAUACCUUCGUGAACGUUAUGGUUGAUGCGAAGUUAGUUUUUGAGGUCUGACCCUCUAAAGCACUACCCGCCGACUGGCAAUUGUUUAGAUGUAUCGAUGUGUAAUUCAGUAAAAUCUUAGUGACUACUGUAAUCUAAAAAACAGUAUUUAAUGUUUUUUACACACACGACCGUUUUAAAUAUUUCGGCAAAGCAUCCAUAACUUUAUUUUACUAAAUAGAGUUUAGUUUACUGAAUGGAAUAUUUACUGAAGUUUACCGGAUAGAGGAGAAGGCCUGCAAACUGAACAGAAGCUAUUGGGUUCGCUGUUUUGGCAACCGUUAAAUUGUAUACGAAGAGACUAACGAAGAAAUAUAGAGCGUAGCUGAGAAUGAUGCCCAUACUUCUUGUUUAAAUAGAAUUGAAUGAACAUAAUAAAAACAGGUCUAAUAUUGGACUUAUAGAAAGCA